GUAAAAAUAAGAAAAUAAAAUGUCACAGAUAAUCACAAAAGUCACUGUCACAAAAUUUUGGCGCGAAACCGCGCGUACACACAAACACUUUCUUUUCCAAUACGAAUGUAAUUUUGAAAAAAUGAAACGGAACACAAUAACAAUUUCUACACGCGUUGGUACUACGGUCGCCACGUACGUUACGGACUGUGGCGUCGCCGGUUGUGUACCGAAUACAUACCGAACGACAACAAGAUUCUCAUCCACGGAUACAAAAUUAACUUCAAGCAAUGACGAACCGGUACCAAUGUCAAACCCAUACAAGAAAGAACGUCGUCAAUGUAUCUUAUGCAAGUUGAAGAUCAAACCAGACUACAAGAACUAUAGACUAUUGUCCCAAUUCCAGAGUCCAUACACUGGUCGUAUUUACGGAAGGCAUAUUACUGGAUUAUGCAAAUCGAAACAGGAGCAAGUUGAAACUGAGAUAAGGAAGGCACAAAACUGCGCCUAUAUGCCGUACUAUUAUAAGGACAAAACCUUCCUGAAGGACCCUAAACUGUUUGACCCAGAAAAUCCUAUUAGAUCCCAUAGAUUUUAAUUUAUAGUUGUAGUAUGUGUAGAUAAGUUAUAAAGUUAUUGAAAUAAAUUUUGUGUAAAGGAAAAUUUU